UGUCUCUCUGCCCAAUCAUAUUUCGCGGUCAAACGUUAGUGCUGUUUAACGUUUGUCAAAAUAGUUUAAAAAAUACGCGAAGUAACUAAAAUAUUUUAUGAAAGUUUGAAUAUAAAUAAACUGAUUGUCAAUACUCACAGUAAUAAUUCACCGGAAAGAUGUUGUUUUACUCGUUUUUUAAAUCCCUGAUCGGUAAAGACGUAGUGGUUGAAUUAAAAAAUGACCUCAGUAUCUGCGGUACUCUUCACUCAGUAGAUCAGUAUUUAAAUAUUAAAUUAACUGAUAUCAGUGUCACAGAUCCAGAUAAAUAUCCACACAUGCAAUCAGUGAAAAAUUGCUUCAUACGAGGAUCCGUUGUCCGAUACGUGCAACUGCCUCACGAUGAAGUUGACACCCAGUUGUUGCAAGAUGCAGCACGGAAAGAAACGACUGUCCAAACUCGAUAAUUAAAAAAUAUCUUUAUAUAUUUAUAUAUUACUUUAUAAAACACUUAAUGAUAUUUGAAUUAAAAAUUAUAAAUAAUAAAUUUAAAAUUGACUUAUUAUAAAAAGAGCUCGGUAAUGUACAGAAAAACCUUUUCCUGGGGGAGCUGAUUGAUAAAUAAAUUUAAAAAAAUAAAUAUAAA